GCCGAGUAAAACCGAGUUCACCGAGCACAAAUUCGUGGCUGGCCGCCGAGUUCUCGUUCAAAUCGCUGGAGUUUUGGCUUGUUUACGCCUGACGCGAUUGAGCCCGACGAGCUUGGAACCAGAGCAAACCGCAGUUGCCAGCUGGGACAGCUUGAUGCUGCGUUCGUAAGGCUGUCCGAUCAACUUAUGAUAACGCAGCUCUGUUCCCCCGCUCUCACAACCAAAUUCUCGCUCCUACCGCCACAGUCGACCACUAAGGAGCGAUGAUGGCAAGCCGUAGAAACUUCGACCAUGUCCCCACGCCGUUCAGCAACGCCGUGAUUGGGAACGUUCUCACUCGCUCUACAACUCCCGGAUACCGAGUCGUGGAUUCAAACAGCAGCGCCUACAACCCCAACACUCCUUCACAACAGCAACCGAUGCAGUACAACCCCCCUUCCACUAUUCGACUACCCCCAUUGAGAAAACUAUCACCGUUGGCCGCUUCAGUGACGAGUACAGCAGAAUUGAGACCGAUGCCGACUAGACUUCAAGGUGACGCUGUCCCGACACCUCUCGUCAGAAGUUUGCCUUUAAACCGCAGCGUUCAGACGGCCUCACCGUACUCGCAACCUUCUACCACGUUUCAGGCUACAGCUUCACCCGCCCGAUCCGUCUCAGCCGCAGUCGCCACCUUGUCGAUCAACUCGACGCCCAAACAGAAGAAGAAGCGCAGAGUGAGCGUCAAAUCGGAAGCUUGUCGAGAACAGUGUCGAACCAACCAAGCCCGGUAUCGUCAAAAGCAGCGCGAAUACGUUUCGAACCUCGAGUCGACGGUAGGUCAACUACGCGACGAAAUUCCGAUGCUAGAAGUGCAGCGACGACGUCUUCGCUACGACUCGCAGCAGCGUGUAUGGGACGUCGUGGUCGAGUAUUUCCAGCUCUUCAGUAAUGGGGUUGGUGACGCGUUUAACCAAGGAUCUGCACACGCUAGCGAUGUACUGCGAACAUCAGAAGCUCAGCAGCAAUUGAUGUUUCUACGGUCUACAAUGGCUCCAGACGUUGAGUUCGGCAACAUGAGUGGUGUUGAGGUACUCAUGGAACAUUGGAGACGAUUGUCUGAGUACCACGAGGAUCUACACUUCCACCGCACACACAUGGAGAAGGUAUCGGACAGUAUCGUGACUGCUACAGCUACUCUUAGUGUGACGAUCACGAAAACUACGCUAGAAUGCGUUUUCCCUCGCCUCAUGAGCUCCGAGAACGUAGAGGAUUUAUCACUAGCAGUUAAGCUACUGGGUCACAAGUUGGAGUACCCGUGCUCAGUCCUGUUCGUCUGGGACGAAGAAACGAGUCUCGUGGUGCGUAUGGAGACCGACAUUGACAUGGCGACACCACUCCUUGGACUUCUAGGCAACCUCAAGGACGUGUCCCGAGUAUUAGAGGGAGCUGUCAUGACUCCGAGCAGCUAUAUCGACGAGACCGGGCGUCCUACAGCAUGAUAGAUGUACCUAUUAACCACUAAGUACACAUGGUUUACACUUGAUC